UUUCAAGACUGCCUAUUAAACGCCGGGAUAAAAAUGACGAAUUCGAAGCAGGACCUUGAUUCCGCCAUUCUACGACCGGUUCAACAUCCCAGCAUAGUUUAUUCCCGAGUACGAACCAGAAAACCAACCCAGCCCGAUAGGUAUUUCAGACCAGCUGAGAACCCUCAUACCAUCCCAGCAAAAUCUCAACAUAUUGAAUAAACCAACUUCGCGGUCCAAAUACCAAAUACAGAACUAUGUCCAGCGACCCCUUCCGACGAACCUGCCUCAUUCCCUACGCAAACCCCGAUUCCCUCCCUCCCCUUCUCCGCGAGAAACUCAACAUCCUUCCCUUCCGCCGCAAUAUUCUCUACACGGUGGCUCAAUCCCGCGGACUCGGGCCUCAUUUCCUCGGCCUCAUCGGAGCCUGCUUCGACGGCGGACAGCGGAGUCUCCCGGAACUAGAUUGGCAAUUAAUCGUGCUCCGAGUUGCUAAGAAUUUGGACUGCAAGUACGAGUGGGACGUGAAUGUCCCCGUCGCGGAGGUUCAUGGUAUGCCGCGGGAGAAGAUCAAGAGUAUCGGCCGUACCCUUGAGGAUGGGAAAGGGCCUUGGACAGAGCGGGACAGGAUUCUAAUACGACUGGUGGAUGAGCAAUUGGCGAGGUAUACGAACAAGGAGGAGACGGUGAGGCAGGCGCUGGGGAUUCUGAACGAGGGGGAGCUGGUGGAGGUGUUGAUUGUUAUUGGGGUUUAUGCAGUGUUGGCAAGGCUGAUUAAGGGGCUGAGGGUUGAUGAUGACCCGCCGAUUCGGGGGUUGAAGGACUUGAUUCGGCGGUCUAUUACGGCUACGGAGUGA